AUGAAGAUCACUGGAAAUGAUACGCUACAAAGAGAAGCCCGGCGACGGAGAAUUGUUUUGAACCGGAGUCAAAAGGAUCUCCUCGAAGCAUGCUUUAAGUGGAACCCUUACCCUGGUAUAGCUACCAGGGAACAGCUAGCCAAAGAUACUGGUAUCCCGGAGCCUAGAAUUCAGGUUUGGUUUCAAAACCACAGAACGAGACAAUUAAAGGCCCAGCGACUGAAGUCUAGAAGGUCCACAGGAGAGCAAACCCAGGUUCAGGUUCAGCCUUUGCUAAAGACUCAAGAAUAUUUAGGGGCAGGACACAGAAGAAACCGGUUAUACCUGACAAGAUCUCAAAUCAGCGUCCUAGUUCAAGCCUUUGAGAAGAACCAGUUCCCUGGUAUUGCUACUAGGGAAGAACUGGCUAAAGAAACAGGCAUUCCAGAAUCAAGAAUUCAGAUAUGGUUUCAGAACCGAAGAGCACGGCACCAGAAGCGGAGCAAAGGGGCACCUGUGAAUUCCUUGGCAGAUGCCCCAGAUGUGAGGAAAGAGCUGACUGUUCAGCAGCACCAAAAUGACCCUUCUACUGUCCCAAGCAGGUCCCAUGAUAUUCCUCCCUCUAAUUCUUUCAUUAUCAACCAAAAAAAUUCUUGUCUUAUACUCUACACAUCCUUUGUUCCUUGGGAUCCCUUUGCAGGUCAUGCAAACCAGGCACCAACUAUCUUGGUGGUCCAGCCCACCCAGACUGUGCAGGGGUUGGAGAACCCUCACCCACCUCUGACACCAGUGAAUCAGCUGCCAACAGUACUGCCUCCAGAAAGGGAGUUCUUAGAUACUGAGACUCCUUUAUGUCCCCAGGACCAAGGAAAAUGCCAGGAUCGCAGUGAGCCCAUUGAACCCAUUGACCUGGAAGUACUAGAGUCAAAGAAUUAUUUGCAGUUUAAACUUGAUAGUAAAAAGCAGUGGAAGGAUCUAAGUCAUCAAGACAUAACUUUCUUUAUUGAAUGGUGGGAUGAGUGCUGCCAAGCUCUGAUUGCAGAAUGGGAGCCUCCUGAAGGGACACUCUGA